UAGACCGGUAGACAGAAGGCCCAUGGCGGACAGAAGCCGGUUGUCCACCGCCCCCGGCUUUUGGGCGGCGGAAGGGAGGCGAAAGAACUGAACAAACAUUCUUACCUCCAACGUCCAAAGGCUCCGACCUGCUUCCGCCUCUCCGAUUCACAUGGCUUCCUCCUCUGCCGGAGAUCAUGCCGUCAACACCAAAGAUGCCGUCGAGGUGCUCAUUCACUCGCUGGAUGACGAAUCAUCGGUCGUGAGGGAAGCAUCCAUGGCUGCGCUUUACGAAAUUGCCCCUCUAAACCCCAUGCUCGUGCUGGAUUGCUGCUCCGUGAUUUCCAGAGGAGGGAGAAAACGUUUCGGAAACAUAGCUGGCGUCUUCACUGUAAUGGCGCAUGCAGUGCGUGCCAUCGACAGCAAGGAUGUCGAUCCCUUUUUCAUGUCGAAAUUGGUCAAGAUCACCUUGGCAGAGAUGAUCUCUUCUAAGCAGGAUGUGAAUGCUGAUUGGCAAAGGGCAGCAUCAGGACUGGUUGUUGCUAUAGGAAUGCAUAUGCCUGACCUGAUGAUGGAAGAAAUUUCUGUUCACCUCUCUGGACCGCAUUCAUCAUUGCCUGCAAUGGUUCAAACACUCGCAGAUUUUGCUUCAACAGGAGCAUCACUGUUCAUUCCGAGGCUAAAGGGUGUUCUGCUGCGAGUGUUACCUAUUCUUGGCAAUGUGAAAGACUCCCAAAGGCCGAUCUUUGCAAAUGCAUUCAAAUGUUGGUGUCAAGCUGCAUUGCAGCAUGAUCAUGAUUCUUCCUUCGAAGCCUUCCUUGAUGCUGAUGUUCUAUCGUUCUUAAAUUCCGUGUUUGAGCUCCUUUUGAAGGUUUGGGUUAAUUCUCGUGAUUUGAAGGUCAGGUUAACAUCCGUGGAGGCUCUAGGACAGAUGGUUGGUCUUGUUAGUCGUAGCCAACUAAAGGCUGGACUGCCCAGGCUAAUCCCAACAAUAUUGGAUUUGUACAAAAAGAAUCAAGAAGUUGCUUUCUUAGCUACUUGCAGUCUCCAUAAUCUUCUGAAUGCCACGUUGUUAUCAGAAAGUGGUCCUCCUUUACUUGACUUUGAGGAACUUAUCACUAUUUUGCGGACACUUCUUCCUGUUAUUUGCAUAAACAGCAGGGAUGGCUCUGAUUUUGCUACCGGUCUGAAGACUUACAAUCAAAUCCAACAUUGCUUUCUGACCGUGGGUCUCGUCUACCCUAAUGACCUGUUUGUGUUCCUUCUUAAUGUUUGCAAACUGAAGGAUGAAGGGCUGAUGAUAGGGACACUUUGUGUUUUAAAGCAUCUCUUGCCCAGGUUGUCUGAGUCAUGGCAGGUCAAAAGUCCAUCUCUUGUUGAAGCUGUGAAAUCGCUUCUAGAUGAACAAAGCCUAGGAGUUAGAAAAGCACUUGCUGAGUUAAUUGUUGUCAUGGCUUCACACUGCUAUGUUGAUGGAUCGUGUGGGGAGCUGUUCGUUGAAUUUCUUGUACGCCAUUCUGCAAUAACAGACGAGGAGAUAAAGCAUUAUGACAGCUCUAGGGUGGUCCAGAAGACUGUGCCCUUCCAAUACAAAACCCUGGAGGUUAACAUUGGAAUUGUGAGCCCAUCUGAAUUGCGAAGUGUCUGUGAAAAGGGGCUACUUUUGUUCGCCAUUACUAUUCCUGAGAUGGAGCCCAUCCUUUGGCCUUUCAUGUUGAAGCUUAUCAUUCCAAGGAGGUACUCAGGUGCAGUUGCUACGGUAUGCAGAUGUAUAGCUGAAUUAUGUAGAUACAGGUUGUCAUAUUCUAGUUCACUUUUGCCUGAAAGUCGGCUGUUCGUUGAUAUUCCAAGUCCUGAGGAACUUUUUGCACGUCUGGUGGUUCUCUUGCAUGAUCCUCUGGCUAGGGAGCAAUUAUCUACUCGAAUUUUAACGGUUUUAUGCUACCUCUCAUCUCUUUUCCCCAAAAACGUCUCUUCAUUUUGGCAGGAUGAGAUACCCAAAAUGAAGGCAUAUGUUAGUGAUACGGAGGACCUAAAACAGGAUUACUCGUAUCAGGAGACCUGGGAUAACAUGAUCAUCAAUUUUCUUGCAGAGACAUUAGAUGUUAUAGCUGACAGUAAUUGGACAAUCUCAUUGGGAAAUGCAUUUUCAAGUCAAUAUGUGCUUUACUCUGGUGAUGAUGAGCAUACUUCUCUACUUCAUAGAUGUCUUGGGAUGCUUCUUCAGAAAGUGGAAGACAAAUUUUAUGUCCGGGGAAAGAUUGAUUGGAUGUAUACCCAUGCAAAUGUUUCAGUAGCAACAAAUAGGCUUGGUCUGGCUAAGGGCAUGGGACUGGUCGCUGCUUCACAUUUAGAUACUGUCCUGGAGAAGCUUAAAACCAUUCUUGAUAAUGUUGGGAGCAGCAGGCUUCAAAGGUUCCUUUCAUUCUUUUCUGAUAGAACUAAGGCUGAAAAUACAGAUGAUAUACAUGCUUCUCUGGCAUUAAUGUAUGGAUAUGCUGCAAGAUAUGCUCCAUCUACAGUUAUAGAAGCACGAAUUGAUGCACUAGUGGGGACAAACAUGCUUUCACGCCUUCUGCAUGUUCGACACCCUGAUGCAAAGAUUGCUGUUAUUACUGCAAUUGAUCUAUUAGGUCAUGCUGUUAUAAGUGCUGCAGAAAGUGGCAUAUCAUUCCCUCUGAAAAAAAGGGACCUAAUGCUGGACUAUGUACUGGCUUUGAUGGGCAGGGAUGAUCUUGAUGCUUCUUUUGACUCCAGUCUUGAACUUCUUCAUACCCAGACUCUUGCAUUAAAUGCUUGCACCACCUUGGUUUCACUGGAGCCUAGGCUAACAAUGGAGACCCGCAAUCGCAUUUUAGAGGCUACACUAGGCUUCUUUGCUUUGCCUAGUGAACCCUCUGAUGUAAUUGAUCCACUAAUAAACAGUCUCAUUACACUUCUUUGUGCAAUUUUACUGACAAGUGGUGAGGACGGGAGAAGCAGAGCAGAACAAUUGCUUCAUAUGCUUAGGAGAAUUGAUCAAUAUAUUUCAUCUGAUCUUGAUCACCUUAGGAGAAGAGGAUGUACUGCAGUGUACGAGUUACUUCUUAAAUUCCGCUCUGUUUGUUCCAGUGGGUAUUGUCCCCUUGGUUGUGCUGGUAGUUGCAUACAUGGCCACCAAUUCAUUGCGCAGCCUACACAGAGAAAUUCUCUCAAUUUUUCAUCAAAAUUUUUGUUGCCUAAUCGAGAAGCCUUGAACCUUGGGGAAAGAGUCAUUGUUUAUCUGCCACGCUGUGCAGACACGAAUUCUGAAGUUAGAAAAGUUUCUUCUCAGAUACUGGAUCUCUUAUUCAGCUUGUCUCUCUCUCUUCCUAGACCCUUUGAACCAGAAAGUGAUAAGGAGAUAGAGAUGGCAUACAGUGCUUUGGGUUCUCUAGAAGAUAUUGUUGCUAUUCUGAAAAGUGACGCUUCCAUUGAUCAGUCAGAGGUGUUGAACAGAAUUGUUUCUUCUGUCUGUACACUUCUUACCAAAGAUGAACUUGUUGCCACCCUUUAUGCAUGUGUUGGUGCUAUCCGAGACAAAAUCAGGCAGUCAGCCCUUGGUUCCGUUUAUGCUGUUGUAGAGUUUAUAACUAGACGUGGAGGUGAAUUAACUGAAGCUGAUAUUUCAAGGAUAUCCCAGUCUUUGCUUUCUGCCACUCUCUAUGUCUCUGACAAGAAUUUGCGUCAGGAAGUUCUUUCUGCUAUCUGCUCCCUUGCUGAGUGUACCAUUUCUGGAGUUGUUUUCAAUGAAGUACUAACUGCAGCUGAGAGAGAUAUUAUUAGAAAGGAUAUAACCAGAUUACGAGGCAGCUGGCCAGUACAGGAUGCAUUCUAUGCUUUCUCACAACAUGCAGUUCUUUCUGUUUUGUUUCUGGAUCAUGUCCUUUCUGUUCUUAAUCAACCUGCUGUCAAUAGAGACGAGGCUGUCAAGGCAGAAACCAUUAGUUCAGAUGAAAAUCUUGAAAGGGAUGGUACAUCACAGGCUGCUCUUCUUGCCCUCACAGCUUUUUUCAGGGGUGGUGGUAAAGCUGGAAAAAGAACUGUGGAAUUGAGUUACAGUUCUGUUCUUUGCACACUUAUUCUUCAGUUAGGAAGUUGUCGUGGCCUGGCAUUGAUUGGAUAUGUGCAGCCACUGAGAAUGCUGUUGCCUACCUUUCAGUCAUUUUGUGAAUGUGUUGGUGAUCUUGAAAUGGGAAAGAUAUUGGCCAGGCAUGGGGAGGAUAUUGAAGCUGAUAAGUGGAUAACGCUUAUACAUGACCUGGCAAGUUGUGUUGCAAUCAAGAGACCUAAAGAAAUUCAACCCAUAUGCGUUGCCUUAUGCAAAGCACUUAAUCGGAACCAAAAAUUUCAGAGAGAAGCCGCGUCUGCAGCAUUAUCAGAGUUUGUUCGGUAUAGUGAUGGAUUUGGCUCACUAUUGGAGCAGUUAGUGGAAGCAAUGUCUUUGCAUGCUGCAGACGAGUCACCUAUUGUCAGACGACUUUGUUUGAAAGGGCUUGUCCAGAUACCCGGCCUCUAUGCACUUCACCAUGCAACCCAAGUACUUGAGUUGAUUGUUGCGUUACUUGAAGAUCCUGAUGAAUCUGUUGCAUUUGCUGCAGUUCAAUGUCUACUUGUGGUUCUUGAAUCAUCCUCUUUCAAUAUAGAUCCUUUUCUGCUAAAUCUUUGUGUACGAUUAAGGAAUCUUCAAGUCAACCUUGAUGUAAAGAUUAGAGCUGCAGCAUUUGCAGCUUUUGGUGCACUUAGCAAAUUCAGUGUGAGGAAUAAACAAAAUUUUCUAGAACAGGUGCAUGCUAGUUUUCCUCGGAUUAUUCUUCAUGUUCAUGAUGAGGAUUCUGGUGUUCGUCAGUCAUGCAAGAACACUCUUUGGCAGUUACUACCCCUUUUGGAGGUGAAUGAUUUCUCAUUGCUAAUAGGUGCACCCUUUAAUCUGGACCGCAGGAGUGACUAUGAGGACUUCAUUAGACACAUUACAAAGCUGCUACUCCAGCAUGUUCCUUCUCGGGCUGAUACUUAUUUAGCAUCUAUAGUUCAGGCUUUUGAUGCUCCUUCCUCGGUUAUCCAAGCAAAUGCCAUUUGCUUUGCUGCCUGCUUGAUAUCACAUUUAGAGGACCAACGCUUGUUCUCUUACUAUUAUGCACAGGUGUUUGGACUGCUAACGGAGAAAAUGAGCCAAUCACCAGAUCCUCUUGUUCGUGCCACCAGAUCUUCUGCUUUAAGUACGUUGAUAAAGGCUGGUUGUUCAGUUAAAUGAGUUAUCUGAUGUAUAUGUCGUGUAAUAUGUGUGUUAUUCUUUUGUACAUGUAUGUUGUAUAUUACUGUGUCUAUAUGUUGUAUAAUAGAGCCAUAUUAAGUCAAUUUGGUGAGAUGGGAGCGGUCUGUUGUAAAUAUCCAGUUGGAUGAAAUAAUGUUUCCAUUCUUUUGUUUAACCGUUUCCUCAAAUGGCAUUUUGACUGCAGCUGUUUUACAGAAUAAAACAAUCAACCUUUUGUGUCA